UCGUUCAGCACCAUGGAGAGCGGCACCAGUAGCCCAGAGUUUCCACAGUCAGACACCUGGGAGGCAUUUCCCCAGAAGAACCUGGAACCUGGAGACAUUGUAGUGCUGGUUCUCUACUUCCUCUUUGUCCUGGCCGUUGGACUAUGGUCUACAGUGAAGACCAAAAGAGACACGGUGAAAGGCUACUUCCUGGCUGGAGGGGACAUGGUGUGGUGGCCAGUGGGCGCCUCCUUGUUUGCCAGCAAUGUUGGAAGCGGCCACUUCGUUGGCCUGGCAGGGUCAGGCGCUGCCACGGGCCUUUCUGUCGCUGCUUACGAGCUUAACGGUUUAUUUUCUGUACUGAUGUUGUCCUGGAUCUUCCUUCCUAUCUACAUCGCUGGCCAGGUCACCACGAUGCCGGAGUACUUAAAGAGGCGCUUUGGGGGCAGCAGGAUCUCCAUCACCCUGGCUGUGCUCUAUCUGUUCAUCUACAUCUUCACGAAAAUCUCGGUGGACAUGUAUGCGGGCGCCAUCUUUAUUCAACAGUCUUUGCACCUGGAUCUGUACUUAUCUGUAGCAGGGCUGUUGGCCAUCACAGCUCUAUACACUGUGGCAGGUGGCCUGGCUGCUGUGAUCUACACGGAUACUCUGCAGACUGGGGUAAUGCUUGUAGGCGCACUUACCCUGACGGGCUACAGCUUUGCAGCGGUUGGCGGGAUGGAAGGCCUGAAGGAAAAGUACUUCCUUGCUCUGGCCAGCAACCGAAGUGAGAACAGCAGCUGUGGGCUGCCCCGGGAAGACGCCUUCCACAUCUUCCGAGAUGCAGUGACAUCUGAUCUCCCAUGGCCCGGGAUCCUGUUUGGAAUGUCCAUCCCGUCUCUCUGGUACUGGUGCACAGAUCAGGUGAUUGUUCAGCGGACACUGGCUGCCAAGAACAUGUCCCAUGCCAAAGGAGCCUCCCUGAUGGCUGCAUACCUGAAGGUCCUUCCCCUUUUCAUAAUGGUGUUCCCUGGCAUGGUCAGCCGCAUCCUCUUUCCAGAGGAAGUGGCGUGUGCACACCCGGACAUCUGCUGGACAGUCUGCCGCAACCCGACUGGCUGCUCUGACAUUGCAUAUCCCAAACUUGUGCUGGAACUCCUGCCUACAGGACUCCGUGGGCUCAUGAUGGCUGUGAUGGUGGCGGCUCUCAUGUCCUCCCUCACCUCCAUCUUUAACAGUGCCAGCACCAUCUUCACCAUGGACCUCUGGACUCACAUCCGGCCACGGUCAUCAGAGAAGGAACUCAUGAUUGUGGGCAGGGUAUUUGUCCUUCUGCUGGUGUUGGUGUCCAUCCUCUGGAUCCCUGUGGUCCAAGCCAGUCAUGGAGGGCAGCUCUUCAUCUACAUCCAGGCAAUCAGCUCCUACCUGCAGCCGCCUGUGGCUGUGGUCUUCAUCAUGGGAUGUUUCUGGAAGCGGACCAAUGAAAAGGGUGCCUUCUCUGGCCUCAUCUUAGGCCUGCUUCUAGGUUUGGUCAGGCUGGUUCUGGACUUUAUCUACGCACAGCCUCGGUGUGACCAGCCAGAUGAGCGCCCAGCUGUGGUAAAGGAUGUCCACUACCUCUACUUCUCCAUGGUUCUGUCAUCUACCACCCUGAUCACCGUGUGCACCGUGAGCUGGUUCACAGAGCCACCGUCCAAGGAGAUGGUCAGUCGCCUGACCUGGUUCACUCGUCACGACUCCAUCGUCCAGAAGAACCAGGUGCCGCCAGCAACUCUCCCGCCUCCUACCCUGUCUCAAAACGGGACCCCUGAGGGCACCAGCACCAGCAUCCAGUUGGAGAUGGUUCAAGAAAACAUAUCCAAAACCCACAACUGUGAUGUAACCCCAAAGCGGUCCAAAGUGGUGGCAGCCAUCUUAUGGCUGUGUGGCAUGAGCAGCAAAGGCACAGAGGCGCCCCCAAGAAAAAUGGAGUCCAUCAUUGUUUCCUUGGAGGAAAACGCCAUUGUGAAAACCCUUCUGGAUGUCAACUGCAUUGUUUGUAUCAGCUGUGCCAUCUUCCUGUGGGGCUACUUUGCUUAA